AUGUCGUCAGGAACAGACGCGAGAGUCAAGAAGAGCCGCAAUAGGGUCCCCAUUUCGUGUGAGCCAUGCCGGAAAAAGAAGCUGAAGUGCGACCGCACAAAGCCAUGUUCUAGUUGCGUUAAGAACAAGACCCAGUAUUCGUGUAAAUAUGCCAAUCAAAACCUGGACAACAUGAACAAGAUGCAGCUCACGACCGAGAUCAUCAAUUUGAAGAUGAAAGUCAACAAACUGGAGAGAAUUCUGCAAGCUAAUAAUAUCAACGCUAGCGAGUAUAGCGAUUUAUCCUUUGUCUUCAAUGAGUCAAUUAGCAGAAUGAGCGAGGACCAGGAGGACCCGGUGCUUGAUUUAUCGGAGAAAUUUGAUCGCAUGGUUUUCAAGGAGAAUAGGAUUUUGCUUACAGGUGCUACUUCCUACGUGACAUUUAUCAAGGCAGAUAAGCAGCUGAGCUUGCUCUUUGAGGCUCUGAAUAAACGCCACGAGCAGGAAUACGAAGAGUAUAUGAACGCACAGAAGAUCAAGGUCCAGCACGACUCUAAGAUGUUUGAUAGCAGCAAGAUUGCGCGGAAACAUGCGUACCAAGACAAGGAUCUUUGUAUGGACUCCAUUCUGAGCGGCAUGACCACCACCACGCUCACCGCUCCAGGGCUUUUGAAAAGUCAGGAUAUUUUCGCACUAGCAAGCAGCAAACUUCCUCCGAUGUUUGCCAUUGAGGCUCUUAUCGACCGCUUUUUCACGCAUGCCUACUAUUUGGUUCCUUUUGUGGAUGAAGAAAUUUUCCGUGAGGAGCUAACGUAUGUUCUAUUGUCAGAUGAGAAGGGAAACCCCAGCUUCAAGGUCGCACAUCAUCAAAACACGUCUAUUGUCUCGCUGCUACUGAUUAUCCUGCGAUACGCCUAUAUGACGAUCAACGUGAAGGAGUUUGACGAAAACCCUCGGUCGAUAGAAGACGAGAGCCUAGCAACUAUGUUGAGGAUGGGAGUCACCAUUGGUCCGCAGUAUAUUGAAUUGGCAAAGAACGUUCUGUUGAGCAUGCCUCCCGAGGAGAGCAUUUUCAGAAAGGUGACGAUUCGCAAUAUACAGGUGCUGAUGUUCCUCAGAUGGUACCAGAGCUACUCACCCGAGCUGAGUGAGGACUACUACGAAGCUUCGAUUUCACUGAGCUUGAUCAUCCAGAUGUGUCGUGUGCUGGGUAUGAACAGAGACCCCGACCACUUUUCUGAGGUCUUCCGAGACGAAAAGGUGAAGAGCCUGAGAAGACGAAUCUUUUACAAGCUCUUUUACAUGGACACGCUGAGCGCCUUCGAUCUGGGAACACCAGUCGUGAUUCAUUCAGACGAGUACGAUGUCAUCUUGCCAAAAAUCAGCGCCAAGGAAAAGGCCAUUUUGGACGACUUCAAGCGCGGAAUGUCUAUCAGUAUCACUGGAAAGCAACUCAAGUCCAUCAUUAACGAAAACGCCAUCAACAAGGAUAUCAGUCUUGAGUUUGAAGUUGCCACACUGAUCCGCAGAGCCAUCCAGCUGUGUCGUAACUACGACGACGGUGCGAAGAGGUCCGAGUUCCUUUCACAUAUCCAGAAAAUUGAGCUUUUCCUUAACAGUCGGCUAAGCUCAAUCUAUGAGAUGCUGGACAGCGGGGAGCUAGCAGGUAGUUUCAAAAUUGAUGAUCCUAUUGAACGAAUUUUCAACAUCUCAAAGAUCAAGAAACUUGAAAUGAGACUGGUUCUCCUUUCCUUGUUGAAUUGCCUACACUACUUGCUCUUCCUCUAUGCCUCAGAAGAUCAGAAGGAGGAAAAACUGGAACAUGCAAUGAAGGCGACCGAACCGGCCUUGAUUCUAUUCAAAUUCACUUACGACUUCGUAAAAUACCUGACCGAGUCAUCCACGAUCCACGGGGCCAGCAAGUCACACCAGAACUUCAAGCGUUUUUUCAAUGGUUUGGAGAUUUCUUUUGCAAGCAAAGUUCAGGCCUGCUUCAGCAGAGGUAUUCUGUGGACAAUGUCGAUUUUCCUGCAAAACUUCACGUCUGACCAUUUGAAAUUUGAGACUCUUUUGAAGAAGUUUGGCAAUUCUGUGGAUUCUGUUGUUGUUCUGAACUGGCUUAACAUUGACCUCGACAGGAACACCAACGACCAGUUCCUCAUUAUCAUGUUCCACUAUCUGAAGGAAUACUAUCUCAACAGUAUUGGUCUGAAGGCAGACUUUUUCUGUUGCUGGCGGGUUUCGAUGAUUAUCAAGAUUUUCUUCAACUUCUUCAAGAACACCAAGCAGGAGAGAUUCGAAAAGGUUUUAACUCAUUACGAGCUUGCAAGUGAAAACCAGAAUUUAAGAAAGGAUUUCACGUAUGCCGAGGCCAAGAUUAUGAACUCCGACCCUCAGAAACUGAAGAACGGGUUCUCUUUGCCGGAUAUGCCUACUCCGCUGGAAUCUGAGCCUACGCGACUGACCACCAAGGGAUUCGACCAGAUCCUUUACGACAAUGGGGAAGAGUAUCUGGAUGCCUUGAUCAAAGAGGACGAAACCCACCGUCCAUCGGCACGUAUGUACUCUUUCUUCAACAUUUCCGACUACAACGCUCUGGCAGACCCUGGAUCAUUCCAGACGACGGAUUCCAGCUCGGUCAACCGUCACUCUGAAACAGAUUCUUUCAGCCAUUCGAACUCCACGGACCACCCGUCCACGAAAUCGAGCGGGUCUGUUGGAAAUGUUACCUUUGAAGAUCCUAGCAAGGUCAACGUCAUGUCGUUCGGAGCGCCCGAUAUUGUGAGUCCCUUCGAUACGUACGCCAGCCAGAUCAGCACAAUGGACCAGGAGGUACCUGGCGAAAAGAGCAUUAACCUGCAAGAUUUCAUCUCCCAAUUUUCCAAAGACUCGAUGUUUUCUAAUUGA